AACGCCGCGCCUAUCGAUAGUCGUCUUCUGAUCGCAGCGGUAUACAGCGGUAUUUAUUGCGCUGCUGCUCUCUUUUAUAUAUUGAUAGUUGUUGAUUUGAUAUCCUCUGAUCAGAACGGAAUUCACGCGAAUUUGGCGCUGACCACGGGUGAGAUUGACAUGGAGGACAUCAAGAUCAAGUUGGAGCCGCAGGACGAAGUGCCGGACAGUGCAAGCAGAAUUCUGAGCGCAUGUGAUACGCUGAAAAUUUUGGACGAGGGGUCUCAAAUGAUAACAGUGCCGAUCAGGGAUCGAUUGCGUUCCGAGGACGAGCGCCUAUUUAUCGACAGCCUUGGACUCGACCAACAGAUAUUUGCGUCGGAGGACAAUCCAAAUCCAAAAGAUUGCGAUAUUUGCCAGUAUAAGUUUAGAAGCCAACAGGAUAUAUCAAGUCACCGGGUCCACCACGAAAUGAACCUACAUUUUUGUCGCCUGGGCUGUGGCAUAUGGCUGGACACGCUUGAAAAGAUCCUUGAGCAUGAAUAUCGCCAGCAUUCCCAACCAGGACAAGCGUUUUGCUGUAGGGUUUGCGAUUUUUUGGCCAAUAGCGCGGACGACCUGGCCAGCCAUAUGCAAAGGCACAUUUACGUAUAUCGCUUUGUUUGUUCUGUUUGUCGUCGGCAUUUUGAGUCAAAACAGAGCCUCAAUCUGCAUAGAAAGCAGAGCCAAGACUUUUGCAGGCAGUUGGAUUUCAAAAAGGGGUUAUCAUCGAAGCCGGAACUUGUGGCAGUUUCUACGCCGGUGCCCUCGGAGUCGUUUUGCUAUGUGCAAAUAAAAGAGGAGCCACUUAACGCAAAGGAAGAUCAAAUGAUAUUGGAAGACAGCCCUCCACUCAACGUAAAAUUGGAACCACAGGACGAGGAAAUGCCAGAUGUGAGUAUUAAGGUGGAGCAGUCAAAUGACAAUUGGACAUCCAUACAUACUCCGUUGAGGAAUAAACUGCGCCUGCCUGCUCUGACCACUACCAAAGAGCAGAUCCACUUAAAAAGUGUUAAGCGACUACUAACGUCUAAUGUGGAAUCUCUUAACAAGAAAACCCAUCACUCAGUGAUAUCCGAUGAUACGAAUAUUCCAAUUUCGAACCAAGAACCUUCAAAUUCCUCCAUUGCAGCCAACAUACUGAAUGUGUUACCUAGUAACUGCAUGGUCAUCAAGCUGCCGCCCAACACAAAAAUUCUCAAGAUGCCAGGGCAAGCUCCCGCUGCCCCUAAGGAACCUCUUACUGUAACUCUGAGUGGUACGGAGAAUUCAACCAAUUUCAUAAAGAUUCCGAAGACGAUAAGUAUAAGUACCGUCGGUUCCAUGCAUAAGUCUGCUAAGACAGUGCCACCAACCCAAACUCAAAGUCGAUCACCGUGCUUUCUUGUCGACGCGUUUAACCAAUCCGAGUGCAGACCCGAAUCCAUGAAAAUAAUCAAAGAAUUUCGAAAUCAAAUUCGCUCCAUAGAGAAGACAUUGCCACUGCCGGGAACAGUGCUACAAUCGUCGAAAUUAACGAUGGACGAAUCAUCGUCAUCUCCCAUGGAGGCACCCAAACCCGUAGAACUGAUGCUCAACCCGUCGGCUUUAAUGGUGGCCAGGGAACUGCAGAUACAGUACCCGCUAUAUCGAUUUAUGUGGACUUGUCCGCUAUGCCAGGGAAUGUUCGAGAAGCAUUGCGCAUUUCGUACGCAUCUGACUAAAAAGCACGGCUUAGACGAUGAAAAGUGUAACGUCCUUAAAGUGGUUUUAAUGCCUUCUAAAAUACUUUCAGAGGACUCAGCAAAUGCUCAAACAGUGCAUGUGCCAUCGAAUCCACAAACGCCUGUGCCUCCUCCAGAACUGACCAAUACUGUUAAUUUGCUAAGUGGAGCGCCUGCACCUUUAACAGGACAGACAUCAGCACUAUCCAAUCUUCCUGUUAUUAGAGGUGGUUUAUCCCAGAAAAAUGUAAAUAUAGAUACAUCAAAGGUCCCAAAGAAGUCCAGAAAAAAUCAGCCGUUCCAGUGCACCGAAUGCUUAAAAGUGUUCACUACUUUUGGAGCCCUGCGCAUUCACAAGUCAAUACAUACGGGAGAACUGCCUUACCAGUGCAGCUACUGUGACAAACGUUUCCGAACUCCUGGACAAGUGCGGGUACACCACCGUCGUCACACCGGAGAGAAACCAUUUAAGUGCAAAAUAUGCUCGUUAGACUUUACUCACCGGGAAACUUUAAUUUCCCAUCUAUCGCGGCAUAUUGGGAUGAAGCGGUAUAAAUGCUACGGAUGCGAUAAAUACUUUGUAGUUGUCAGCGGCUUACGAGCCCAUCGUCGUCUCCGGCCAGACACGUGUGGGAAGGUUAAGUUCACCGCUCGAGCCCAUGGUCCCCGCGUGCGGGUCAUCAGGGGAGAGGUGGUGUUCGAGUAUCACCCAGAGCACAACGGCUACUUACGCAGUGAGGACCCGCUCAACAUUUUGUCCCAACGUGAUCAAACCGACUUAACCCCGCCAGAAACUGCAAAGGGUAUAAGUCGUUAUCAGUGAGUCGUUUAUUUCAUUUAUGAAAUGUUGUGUUUUUAAACUGGCUCAUUAGAUAAAGUAACUGCGAUUAAGAACUAGAAAGGAAUAUUACCAGAUGAUAUUGAACUUUCCCUAUUAAGUCUGGAGAGAUAUUCCCACGGAAUAGUGCAGGAAAGGCUCUGGCUACUCAUUGUAUCAAGAUACAAAUGAAUUAAUUAUUAAUGACAAUUACUUUUGAAAUACAUUCUAUACAAAUGUG